AUGAGCAACAAUUUAUGGGUCUUGUGGGACGAUCAACAAUUCAUCCGAACGUUCAAAGGGUCUCGGACCAUUCAUGUGUUGGAGUACAAAGGGGAGGCCGACCCAAACGCCUUCGAGAUGGUCCACGCUGCCCGCUCCACUGCUUGGAAAGAGAGGGCCAAAGUCAGCGCUGAUGACGCUUCAUGUUACCGAAAGCUCAAAGUGUUGGGGGUCAGGAUUCACGGCGAGCAGUUGGGGGAGCUGGCCGACGAUCUGACCAUCACCGGCUCCAACGGCCAGACGUUUCACCUCAUGGUCAACCGCCGGGGGCUUUGCUUUCUGGAGAUCGACAACGAAAUGGGGAGGGUCAAGCGGCUGAGGAUCAAUGACCAUUUCGGUUGGUCCAAGUACGGGGUCAGACCGGAGACCAGCACGGCGUGGAGCGUGUCCGACAUGGAUAACGGCGCCGUUUUGGUGGGGCCUCCGACACCAACUACGUCGUCGUCGUCGUCCUGCUGGAAGAAGGUCCAGGAAGAGAAGGACAAGCUCAUGAAAUCCCUGCUCCUCCAUGAUCACGACGAGCACAAGGACUGA